UCCUCCCCAAGGGCUCUGCGCCCCCAAGGAAGCACGCUCGGGUUUUCCGGGCUCGGCACCUUGGGGUGCCCACGUGGGACCUCUGCUCGGCCCUGAUAGCGGGGCCGGACACCGGUGGCCUCGGGUCAAAGCAGGGUUUUCCUUCUUGUGGCUUCUGUGUCAUGGCGGUUAUAAUUAACCCCCUUCUGUCAUGCUGUCCCAACUUAUCUCGCCGCCCUGCUGGCACGGGUUUCCUCCUCGCUGGUGGGUGAGGGCUGCAGAAUCCGGUCCGUGAUGCCAGGGUGAAGGAUGGGGAAGGCGCUGUUCUGGCCAGAGCUCAAAACCACCCAUGGGUGCAGCGGGGUGACGAGCGAGGAGCUUCAUCUGAAGCCCUCGUGUCCAUGAAGGACCUCGGUAGCUGCCACCACCAGCCCGUGCUCGGCUGGGGAGCCGAGCCCUGAUCUCUGCUCCCCCACCACGGCAUCCAGGUGACGCAGGAGUGGGGACAGUCCAGCCGCCACCAUGGUUGCCCUCUCGCUGAAGAUCAGCAUCGGCAAUGUGGUGAAGACGAUGCAGUUCGAGCCCUCCACCAUGGUGUACGACGCCUGCCGCAUGAUCCGGGAGCGGGUGCCCGAGGCACAGAUGGGACAGCCCAACGAUUUCGGGCUGUUCCUCUCGGAUGAAGAUCCAAAGAAAGGGAUCUGGCUGGAGGCUGGGAAGGCUCUGGACUACUACAUGCUCCGCAAUGGGGACACCAUGGAGUACAAGAAGAAGCAGCGGCCCCUGAAGAUCCGCAUGCUGGACGGGACGGUGAAAACUGUCAUGGUCGAUGACUCCAAAACCGUCACAGACAUGCUGAUGACAAUAUGCGCCCGAAUCGGCAUCACCAACUACGAUGAGUACUCCCUUGUCCGGGAGAUCAUGGAAGAGAAGAAGGAGGAGGUCACCGGCACGCUCAAGAAGGACAAGACCCUGCUGCGGGAUGAGAAGAAGAUGGAGAAGCUCAAGCAGAAACUGCACACGGACGAUGAGUUGAACUGGCUGGACCACGGCCGGACCCUGCGUGAGCAGGGCAUCGACGACAACGAGACGCUGCUGCUGCGGCGCAAGUUCUUCUACUCCGACCAGAACGUGGACUCGAGAGACCCCGUGCAGCUCAACCUGCUCUACGUGCAGGCUCGGGAUGACAUCCUCAACGGUUCCCACCCCGUCUCCUUCGACAAAGCGUGCGAGUUCGCCGGCUACCAGUGCCAGAUCCAGUUCGGGCCGCACAACGAGCAGAAGCACAAGCCAGGAUUUCUGGAGCUCAAGGACUUCCUGCCCAAGGAGUACAUCAAGCAGAAAGGGGAGCGCAAGAUCUUCAUGGCCCACAAGAGCUGCGGGAACAUGAGCGAGAUCGAGGCCAAAGUUCGCUACGUGAAACUGGCCCGUUCCCUCAAGACCUACGGCGUCUCUUUCUUCCUGGUCAAGGAGAAGAUGAAGGGGAAGAACAAGCUGGUGCCGCGGCUGCUGGGGAUCACCAAGGAGUGCGUGAUGCGCGUGGACGAGAAAACCAAGGAAGUGAUUCAGGAGUGGAGCCUGACCAACAUCAAGCGCUGGGCAGCCUCCCCCAAGAGCUUCACCCUGGAUUUUGGAGAUUACCAGGAUGGCUACUACUCCGUGCAGACAACGGAGGGGGAGCAGAUCGCCCAGCUGAUCGCCGGCUACAUCGACAUCAUCCUGAAAAAGAAAAAGAGCAAAGACCACUUUGGACUGGAGGGGGAUGAGGAGUCCACCAUGCUGGAAGACUCCGUGUCUCCAAAGAAGUCGACUGUGCUGCAGCAGCAGUUUAACCGUGUUGGCAAGGCGGAGCUGGGCUCGGUCGCCCUGCCGGCCAUCAUGCGCACCGGGGCUGGGGGCCCCGAGAACUUCCAGGUGGGGACCAUGCCCCAGGCCCAGCUGCAGAUCACCAGCGGCCAGAUGCACCGAGGGCACAUGCCGCCCCUGACUUCAGCCCAGCAGGCGCUGACGGGCACCAUCAACUCCAGCAUGCAGGCUGUGAACGCAGCCCAGGCCACCCUGGACGACUUCGAGACCUUGCCGCCCCUCGGGCAGGAUGCUGCUUCCAAAGCGUGGCGCAAGAACAAGAUGGAUGAGUCCAAGCAUGAGAUCCACUCCCAGGUGGAUGCUAUCACUGCCGGCACAGCCUCGGUGGUCAACCUCACCGCAGGGGACCCAGCAGAUACGGACUACACAGCCGUGGGCUGUGCCGUCACCACCAUAUCUUCUAACCUGACCGAGAUGUCCAAGGGCGUGAAGCUGCUGGCCGCGCUGAUGGAGGAUGAGGGAGGGAACGGGCGGCAGCUCCUGCAGGCGGCCAAGAACCUGGCCAGCGCCGUCUCCGACUUGCUGAAAACGGCGCAGCCUGCCAGCGCCGAGCCCCGCCAGAACCUCCUGCAGGCUGCCGGCCUGGUGGGCCAGACCAGCGGGGAGCUGCUGCAGCAGAUCGGGGAGAGCGACACCGACCCUCGGUUCCAGGACAUGCUCAUGCAGCUGGCCAAGGCCGUGGCCAGCGCCGCCGCUGCCCUGGUGCUCAAAGCCAAGAACGUGGCUCAGAAAACGGAGGACUCGGCGCUGCAGACGCAGGUGAUCGCGGCCGCCACGCAGUGCGCCCUCUCCACCUCCCAGCUGGUGGCCUGCACCAAGGUCGUGGCUCCCACCAUCAGCUCCCCGGUGUGCCAGGAGCAGCUGAUCGAGGCCGGCAAGUUGGUGGCCAAGUCGGCAGAGGGCUGCGUGGAGGCCUCCAAGGCGGCCACCAGCGAUGACCAGCUGCUGAAGCAGGUGGGGGUGGCAGCCACUGCCGUCACCCAGGCCCUGAAUGACCUGCUGCAGCACAUCAAGCAGCACGCCACGGGCGGGCAGCCCAUCGGGCGCUACGACCAGGCCACCGACACCAUCCUCAACGUCACUGAGAACAUAUUCAGCUCCAUGGGCGACGCGGGGGAAAUGGUGCGGCAGGCUCGUAUUCUGGCCCAGGCCACCUCCGACCUCGUCAACGCCAUCAAAGCCGACGCAGAGGGAGAGACGGACCUGGAGAACUCGCGCAAGCUGCUGAGCGCAGCCAAGAUCCUGGCCGAUGCCACCGCCAAGAUGGUCGAGGCUGCAAAGGGAGCCGCAGCCCACCCGGACAGCGAGGAGCAGCAGCAGCGGCUGCGGGAGGCGGCGGAGGGGCUCCGCAUGGCCACCAACGCCGCGGCGCAGAAUGCCAUCAAGAAGAAGCUGGUGCACAAGCUGGAGCACGCAGCCAAGCAAGCGGCCGCCUCCGCCACCCAGACCAUCGCCGCCGCGCAGCACGCCGCCGCCUCCAACAAGAACCCCGCCGCGCAGCAGCAGCUGGUGCAGAGCUGCAAGGUGGUGGCCGACCAGAUCCCCAUGCUGGUGCAGGGCGUGCGGGGAAGCCAGUCGCAGCCGGACAGCCCCAGCGCCCAGCUGGCCCUCAUCGCCGCCAGCCAGAACUUCCUGCAGCCCGGUGGGAAGAUGGUAGCCGCGGCCAAGGCCACCGUGCCCACCAUCACCGACCAGGCCUCCGCCAUGCAGCUCAGCCAGUGCGCCAAGAACCUGGCCGCGGCCCUGGCCGAGCUCCGCACGGCCGCACAGAAGGCGCAGGAGGCCUGCGGGCCCCUGGAGAUCGACUCGGCGCUGGGCCUGGUGCAGAGCCUGGAGAGGGACCUGCAGGAGGCCAAGGCGGCCGCCAGGGAUGGAAAGCUCAAACCUCUGCCCGGAGAGACGAUGGAAAAGUGCGCCCAGGACCUGGGGAACAGCACCAAGGCCGUCACCUCCGCCAUCGCCCACCUCCUGGGCGAGGUGGCCCAGGGCAACGAGAACUACACAGGCAUCGCUGCCCGGGAGGUGGCCCAGGCGCUGCGCUCACUCAGCCAGGCCGCCCGCGGCGUGGCGGCCAACACGUCGGACCCGCAGGCGCAGGGCGCCAUGCUGGAGUGCGCCAGCGACGUCAUGGAUAAGGCCAACAACCUCAUCGAGGAGGCCAGGAAGGCGGUGGCCAAGCCUGGAGACCCCGACAGCCAGCAGCGCCUGGUGCAGGUGGCCAAGGCGGUGUCGCAGGCGCUGAACCGCUGCGUGAACUGCCUGCCCGGGCAGCGGGACGUGGACGCUGCCAUCCGCAUGGUGGGAGAGGCCAGCAAGAGGCUGCUGUCGGAUUCGUUCCCUCCCAGCACCAAGACCUUCCAGGAGGCGCAGAGCCAGCUGAACCGGGCAGCGGCGGGACUCAACCAGUCUGCCAACGAGCUGGUGCAGGCAUCGCGGGGCACCCCACAGGACCUGGCCAAGUCCUCGGGCAAAUUUGGACAGGACUUCAACGAGUUCCUGCAGGCGGGAGUGGAGAUGGCCAGCCUGUCCCCGAACAAGGAAGACCAGGCGCAGGUGGUGUCAAACUUGAAGAGCAUCUCCAUGUCCUCCAGCAAGCUGCUGCUGGCAGCAAAGGCGCUUUCCACUGACCCUGCAGCCCCCAACCUCAAGAAUCAGCUGGCAGCGGCUGCACGGGCCGUGACCGACAGCAUUAACCAGCUGAUCACCAUGUGCACCCAGCAGGCGCCAGGACAGAAGGAGUGCGACAAUGCCCUGAGGGAGCUGGAGACGGUGAAGGAGCUGUUGGAGAACCCCACGCAGACUGUCAAUGACAUGUCCUACUUCAACUGCCUGGACAGCGUCAUGGAGAACUCCAAGGUGCUGGGCGAGUCCAUGGCCGGCAUCUCCCAGAACGCCAAGAACAGCAAGCUGCCCGAGUUCGGGGAGUCCAUCAGCACUGCCUCCAAAGCUCUCUGCGGGCUCACGGAAGCAGCAGCCCAGGCUGCCUACCUGGUGGGAGUUUCUGAUCCCAACAGUCAGGCGGGACAGCAGGGCCUGGUAGACCCCACUCAGUUUGCCAGAGCUAACCAAGCCAUCCAGAUGGCCUGCCAGAACCUGGUGGACCCUGCCUGCACGCAGUCACAGGUGCUGUCAGCAGCCACCAUCGUGGCCAAGCACACCUCGGCCCUGUGCAACACGUGCCGCCUGGCCUCCUCCCGCACCGCCAACCCCGUCGCCAAGCGGCAGUUCGUCCAGUCGGCCAAGGAGGUGGCCAACAGCACGGCCAACCUGGUGAAGACCAUCAAGGCCCUGGAUGGAGCCUUCAACGAGGAGAACCGGGAGCGGUGCCGCGCGGCCACGGCUCCUCUGAUAGAGGCCGUGGACAACCUGACGGCCUUCGCCUCCAACCCAGAGUUUGCCACCGUUCCUGCCCAGAUCAGCCCCGAGGGACGCAGAGCCAUGGAGCCCAUCGUCUCAUCCGCCAAGACCAUGCUGGAGAGCUCUGCCGGCCUCAUCCAGACCGCACGCUCCCUGGCCGUCAACCCCAAGGACCCGCCGCAGUGGUCGGUGCUGGCCGGACACUCUCGCACCGUCUCAGACUCCAUCAAGAAGCUGAUCACCAACAUGAGGGACAAAGCUCCUGGGCAGCGGGAGUGCGACGAGGCCAUCGACGUCCUGAACAGGUGCAUACGGGAGGUGGACCAGGCCUCCCUCGCAGCCAUCAGCCAGCAGCUGGCCCCUCGAGAAGGCAUCUCCCAGGAGGCUUUGCACAACCAGAUGAUCACGGCCGUGCAGGAGAUCAACAACCUGAUCGAGCCCGUGGCCAGCGCCGCGCGGGCUGAGGCCUCGCAGCUGGGACACAAGGUGUCCCAGAUGGCUCAGUACUUUGAGCCGCUCAUCCUGGCAGCUAUCGGUGCUGCCUCCAAGACACCCAACCACCAGCAGCAGAUGAACCUCCUGGACCAGACCAAAACGCUGGCUGAGUCUGCCCUGCAGAUGUUGUACACUGCCAAGGAGGCCGGUGGGAACCCCAAGCAAGCUGCCCACACGCAGGAGGCUCUGGAGGAGGCCGUGCAGAUGAUGAAGGAGGCUGUGGAGGACCUGACCACCACGCUGAACGAGGCAGCCAGCGCUGCGGGUGUCGUCGGGGGCAUGGUGGACUCCAUCACCCAGGCCAUCAACCAGCUGGACGAGGGGCCAAUGGGCGAGCCAGAGGGGACCUUUGUGGACUACCAGACCACGAUGGUGAAGACGGCCAAGGCUAUUGCAGUGACUGUGCAGGAGAUGGUCACCAAGUCCACCACCAACCCGGACGAACUGGGCAUACUGGCCAACCAGCUGACCAACGAAUACGGGCAGCUGGCACAGGAGGCCAAGCCAGCCGCGCUCACCGCCGAGAACGAGGAGAUUGGCUCCCACAUCAAGCGCCGGGUGCAGGAGCUGGGUCACGGCUGCGCCGCCCUGGUGACCAAGGCUGGAGCCCUGCAGUGCAGCCCCAGCGAUGCCUACACCAAGAAGGAGCUGAUAGAGAGCGCGCGCAAGGUCUCCGAGAAGGUGUCCCACGUGCUGGCAGCCCUGCAGGCUGGAAACCGCGGGACGCAAGCCUGCAUCACUGCUGCCAGCGCCGUCUCUGGCAUCAUCGCUGACCUCGACACCACCAUCAUGUUUGCCACGGCAGGGACCCUCAAUCGGGAGAACUCGGAGACCUUCGCUGACCACAGGGAGGGCAUCUUGAAGACAGCCAAGGCGCUGGUGGAGGACACCAAGGUGCUGGUGCAGAACGCCACGGCCAGCCAGGAGAAGCUAGCCCAGGCUGCCCAGUCCUCCGUGACCACCAUCACCCGCCUGGCGGAGGUGGUGAAGCUGGGUGCUGCCAGCCUGGGCUCUGAAGACCCAGAGACUCAGGUGGUUCUGAUCAAUGCUGUGAAGGACGUGGCCAAGGCACUUGGGGAUCUGAUCGGUGCCACCAAAGCAGCUGCUGGCAAAGCUGGGGAUGACCCUGCUGUCUACCAGCUGAAGAACUCUGCCAAGGUGAUGGUGACCAACGUCACUUCCUUGCUGAAGACGGUGAAGGCUGUGGAGGACGAGGCCACGAAGGGGACGCGGGCGCUGGAGGCCACGAUAGAGCACAUCCGCCAGGAGCUGGCGGUCUUCUCCUCCCCGGUGCCUCCUGCCCAGGUCUCGACCCCGGAGGACUUCAUCCGAAUGACGAAAGGCAUCACGAUGGCCACGGCCAAAGCUGUGGCCGCUGGCAACUCGUGUCGGCAGGAGGACGUCAUCGCCACGGCCAACCUGAGCCGCCGUGCCAUCGCGGACAUGCUGCGCGCCUGCAAGGAGGCUGCCUACCACCCGGAGGUGAGCGCCGACGUGCGGCAGCGGGCGCUGCGCUUCGGCAGGGAGUGUGCCGAUGGCUACCUGGAGCUGCUGGAGCACGUGCUGGUGAUCCUGCAGAAGCCGACCCACGAGCUGAAGCAGCAGCUGGCCGGGUACUCCAAGCGGGUGGCCAGCUCUGUCACCGAGCUCAUCCAGGCAGCCGAGGCCAUGAAAGGGACGGAGUGGGUUGACCCAGAAGAUCCCACGGUCAUCGCCGAGAACGAGCUGCUGGGUGCAGCGGCUGCCAUCGAGGCUGCAGCCAAGAAGCUGGAGCAGCUGAAGCCGAGAGCCAAGCCUAAGCAAGCAGAUGAGAGCCUGGACUUUGAGGAGCAGAUCCUGGAAGCUGCCAAAUCCAUCGCGGCAGCUACGAGCGCCCUGGUGAAGGCAGCCUCGGCAGCCCAGCGAGAGUUAGUGGCCCAAGGAAAGGUGGGAGCCAUCCCAGCCAACGCAGUGGAUGACGGGCAGUGGUCCCAGGGACUCAUUUCAGCCGCACGCAUGGUGGCUGCGGCCACCAACAACCUGUGCGAAGCCGCCAACGCGGCGGUGCAGGGCCACGCCAGCGAGGAGAAGCUCAUCUCGUCCGCCAAGCAGGUGGCUGCCUCCACGGCGCAGCUCCUGGUGGCCUGCAAGGUGAAGGCUGACCACGACUCGGAGGCCAUGAAGAGGCUCCAGGCGGCCGGGAACGCGGUGAAGAGAGCGUCGGACAACCUGGUGAAGGCAGCGCAGAAGGCAGCCGCCUUCCAGGACCACGACGAGACGGUGGUGGUGAAGGAGAAGAUGGUGGGGGGAAUUGCACAGAUCAUCGCCGCCCAGGAGGAGAUGCUGCGCAAGGAGCGUGAGCUGGAGGAGGCGCGCAAGAAGCUGGCCAUGAUCCGGCAGCAGCAGUACAAGUUCCUGCCCUCCGAGCUGCGGGACGAGGAGCAGAACUGAGCCCCGCGCGCCGCCGCUCUGCGCCCGGGCAGAGCCCUGCCGCCACUCACUGCACAGACUGCUGCCGCCGGCUCCUAUUUAAGACACCCCACCUCGAGCAACGCCGGGCUGCCUCGGGUAAACCACAGCCCUGCCUGCACCGCCGGCGCGCCGGGACUAACCCAGACACCGCGCAGCACCGCCCCGAGCAGGCGCCGCACCAGCAUCUCCGCUUCGCCGCCCAGCACGCCUCCCCACGCACCCGGUCGGGGGGCUGCCGGGAGUGGGAGCCCGUCCUGGACCAGCCCGGGGUGACCCUGCCACUAGCCCCAUUUAAGAGGGCCAGAGGGCUUCCUCCUGUGGUGGGUCCAGCCCUCCAAACCCUUCAGGAUUUUUUCUCGUGCCUUUGUCGCCCUUCCUCUCGCUCCUUUCUUCUCCUUCCUCCAGCCAGGACGGGGGGAGGCUGGUGUCUCGCCCUGUCCCGUGCGGUGGGGUGCGAGGAGCAGCUCUGCACCUUCCUUUUGCUACGCUCUUGCACAGAGCCGCCUUUCACCUCUGUUGCCUUACUGCUGGCUGAAUCACCCACCCCUCUUCCUCCUCAGCAUCCCCGGGAGGCACCGAGCCUCCCCAGAGCGUCCUCGCCACCGCAGUGCCUCUGCUCGGGGCGGGCACGAGAUGGCUUCGCCCCAGAGCUGCUCUCCCCCACCUCUUCACCUUUCCCCAGGUCCCUUCCUCCCCGCCCUCCCAGCCAGCUCUGCCUUCCUCCUCCUCCUCCUUCCCAAGUGCCUGCAUUGUUUCCUGAGAUUUUCAGUAUUUUUUAUAACUUUUAAAUUUCUUUAGUAUCGAGCCCGCAGCUUUUCAGAGUUCAUUUAUCUCCUCGCUCACAUCGUCCCCACUAACCCCCCGCAGCCCAGCGCCUGCCCAGGGGCCCCAGAGACCAGCUCCUCACCCCUCCCUGGCUCCGGGACCCCCCCCCCAUCCCUCCCCUUGCACUUGCUGAGGCUUCUCUCACUAUUUUGAUACUUUAAGCAUCGCCUGUUACACAUGGAAGGAAUCCAGCUCCCCCCGAGGCUCCGGGGUGAGGUAGGGGGAUGCGGAUGGCUCUUUGGAAAGACGCCUUCAUCAAUAAAAACGGAUUUCCUGCUUU